CACGUGUUUUGCUGUUUGCUGACUGCUUGGAGCGAGAGCAACAGUCACAUCACUGCCAUCAUGGGGUGUCGGCAGAGCAAAGCAGCCGAGCACACAGGCGAGGUGGAGCUUGGUGACGGGCAGAGCAUCACCGUGGAGGUGGUGGAGGCACACACCAAUCCGGCCUUUGCUGCCGCGGCUGGAAAGCACCCACAGGACGACACGGAGAGUGGCGGAGACAAGGAUGAGGGCGUCGGCGACAGACAUGUACGUAAUGAUGCAUGCGACCCGCAGGUGGCACCACCCGUCGCACAAACCACACCAUUGGUCAAGGCAGACACGGCCUACACCGGGGCAGGCAAGAGUAGCAGCACCAACCAUCACAGUGACAGCGACAGCGACACCGACACCAGCAGCGAUAGUAACAGCGGUGACAGGGUAUUCGCUGCGUCAGACGGUGCAGAUGCAAUGCAAACUGCUGACGACCAGCAGGAUGAUGGCACCGAAGAUGCGAGUGCCCGUGCCGCAACGCCCGACUCUUCUCCUGUGGCUAACAUGGCCCCAAGGCCAGCACGCGUGGACAACGGGGACGAUGAAGAACGUGGCAGCAGCGCUGGCCAUGCUCCAGAGAACGCCACUGAUGCGACAGUGCAACAUACCGAGGGCACGAAGGACCCCGUGGGAGCUGCGCCAGGCUCAACCGAGCAGGAGACUGACGCCUCCACACCGGCGCAGCCCAGGCUCAACGUUGCCACCUCGCGGCAGCAAGAACAAGACGCACCGAAAGGCGAAGAAGAAGCGCCACUGCAAGAGGAUGAGAAGAAGGGCAACCGGAAUGCACAGCCCGCCUUCUUGGCCGCCGACUUGCCAGCUGGACUUGGAAGUAAGCUGCAAGGUUUGCAUGAGAUUGUCUCGGCCGUGAAGGAGGAGGAUAAGGAGAUGGCACGCAAGCAAGCAGAGGCGGAGGAGCGUGCGCGUAAGCUGGCACGGUCGCAGAUUGCCCCGGCAGCGCUGCAGAAGUUGGACGCCAUCACGCAGCAGCGGCUUGCACUCCAACGCAUCGCAGCCCCGGAAAUCGAACCAGUGGACCACUCGGCGGGAACAGAGGAGGAGCGGUGGAAGAAGCGCGCGAGUGUUUCGCAGACGCAAGAGCGACUGGCCGGGCUCACAUCCGAACGCGCAACUCCCAACAGCAUUGACGUGAGUGAGGAUGGCGUGCUGGGCAUCAACAUGAAACUUGCCAACCUGGACGCCGCGCUCAGGGAGUCGGCGAGUGAAACAGAGGAUGUCCAGGCGAAAGCGCAGCAGGCGGAGGAGGAAGCGCGCCAACUCGUCCGUGCGCAAUUUGGUGCCGACGUCGCUGAGCGCUGGCAGCGUGAGCGUGACGCAAGGCUGAAGGUUGAACGCAUUCAGGCACCAGACAUUGCCCCAGUUGACAGAAGGUUUGCGACGGAAGAGGAGCGUGUCAAGGCGGAGGCGAAUGAAGACGACACGCGUGCAAGGCUGCAGGAACUGUCGUUUGAUUUCUCAUUCAACUGA